UUAACAGCUUAGAAAAAUAAAAGAAGAAUAAAGAAACUGAGGCUUGGUUAACAUUAAUUUUGGUCUGGCAAGGUCUUGAAUAAACUUAGGUCGUUUACCUAUUUGGGGUUCUUUCUUAGACCUUGACCAGCCCAAAAAGCUUGCUUUCAGAAAGAACCUCCAAAAAAAAUUAAAAAAGGGUCCAUUUUUGCUUGGGUCUUCAUCAAGAAGAAGAAGAAGAAGAUGGCAGGUUGUUGUAGUAUUAAGGUUGUGAUGUUUUUGGUUUCAAUGGCUGUUCUUAUGCCAACUCUAAGAGCUGGCAUUGCUGAAUAUGAUGAUUAUUUGCUCCAAAAGGCUGAAGAAGCCAAACAAGCUGCUCUUGAAUCUUUCCAUCCUGAUCCCAUGAAUGUCACUGAUCAUUUCAACGAACAUGUUCAUUUGGCUUUGGAGGGAAUAGAGGGAAGCAAUAGCACUAGGAGGAGUCUGAAGAAAUAUAACGGUCCUUGCAUGGCAACAAACCCGAUUGACCGAUGCUGGCGUUGUGACCGAAAUUGGGCCAUGAACCGUAAGAAGCUUGUCUCUUGCGUGCUUGGUUUCGGCCGAAAAACCACCGGUGGCUUGAGAGGACGUUUCUAUGUUGUGACCGAUCCAUCGGAUAACGACGUUAUAAACCCUAGACGUGGAACCCUCCGACACGCCGCUAUUCAAAAGCGGCCACUAUGGAUCAUUUUUGGACGCAGCAUGAUCAUCAGGUUGUCCAAGGAGCUGUUGAUCACCAGCCACAAGACCAUUGAUGCUCGCGGUGCCAAUGUUCACAUUGCCUAUGGUGCUGGUCUUAGCAUUCAAUUUUCCCGGAAUGUGAUCAUCCACGGCCUUCACAUCCACCACGUCGUUUCAGCUCGCGGUGGCAUGAUCAGAGACUCCGCUGACCAUGUCGGCCUUCGAACCGUUAGUGACGGAGACGGUAUCUCCAUCUUUGGAUCAUCCAACAUCUGGCUCGAUCAUCUCUCUAUGUCUAAUUGCCAAGAUGGACUCAUCGACGCAAUCCAAGGCUCCACCGCAAUCACCAUCUCAAACUCUCAUUUCACUCAUCACAACGACGUGAUGUUGUUCGGUGCAAGUGAUUCUUAUCAAGGCGACUCAAUCAUGCAAGUGACCGUCGCGUUCAACCAUUUCGGAAAGGGAUUGGUGCAGAGAAUGCCAAGAUGCAGAUGGGGUUUCUUCCAUGUCGUCAACAACGAUUACACUCAUUGGCUCAUGUACGCCAUUGGCGGCAGUCAACAUCCCACCAUUAUCAGUCAAGGAAACCGUUUCAUCGCCCCACCAAACCCUGCUGCAAGACAGGUUACAAACAGAAACUAUGCAACGGAGAGUGUAUGGAGAACAUGGACAUGGAGAUCGGAAGGGGAUUUGAUGAUGAAUGGAGCAUACUUCAUUCAGUCUGGGAAUCCAAGCAAACGAAGGCCAUACAGCAGGUUCGAUAUGAUCAAGGCUAAGCCUGGCACCUUUGUUAGAAGGCUUACUCGCUUCUCUGGCUCACUCAACUGUUAUGUUGGUCGCCCAUGCUAAAUCCAACAACCAACCAAAUUUAAUUUUUAUUUCAAGCUUUAAUUUACAUUCGAUGUUCUGCAACAAAAAAAAACAUGGCGAAGAAUAAGAGAAAGAUAGAAGAUGAUAGAGGAUGAAGUAUUAUGAGAGCAGCAGCAAAAAUGGAAUCUUUGACAAAAAAGAUUAAAUAAAAACCAAAGAUCAGCAAAAGGGAAAGAACACAGAGAUUGAUGAUCGACAACUUGAAGAAGGCUUGAAGAAGGAAGUUCAUUUGUUUUUAAUUAUUAUUUUGUAUUGGAG